GCCGCCACCUCCCCGCGCCGGGCCUGCGCCGCGCCGCCAUGAAGGCCAUCGUCCAGCGGGUGGCCCAGGCCAGUGUCACAGUGGGUGGUGAACAGAUAAGUUCAAUAGGUCGAGGCCUCUGUGUGCUGCUGGGCAUUUCUUUAGAAGAUACGCAAAGAGAGCUGGAGCACAUGGUUCGAAAGAUCUUAAACUUGCGAGUGUUUGAAGAUGAAAGUGGGAAGCACUGGUCCAAAAGUGUGAUGGAUAAACAGUAUGAAGUGUUGUGUGUGAGCCAAUUUACUCUCCAGUGCAUCCUUAAAGGAAACAAGCCUGACUAUCACAUGGCAAUGCCCACAGAGCAGGCGGAGAGUUUUUAUAACAACUUCCUAGAGCAGCUAAGAAAAGCCUACAAACCAGAGCUUAUUAAAGAUGGCAAGUUUGGCGCCUACAUGCAGGUACACAUCCAGAAUGAUGGUCCUGUAACAAUAGAGCUGGAGUCCCCAGCUGCUGCUGUUGACCCUAAACAGCUGGCAAAACUUGAAAAGCAACAACAAAGAAAAGAGAAGACCAGAACCAAGGUACCCUCUGAAUCAAGUAGAGAAAGAAAUGCCCCCCGUAGCAAAGAUGACCCCAGUGCAAGCAGUGGAGCAGAAGGAGAUGUGUCUUCGGAAAGAGAGCCAUAGCUCAUCCAAAGCAGGCCUCAGUUUCUCAUACAAAAGCUGCACUGGAUCCUUGAAGAGAGACCUAACAGACAUUCACCUCAGCACCACUCUUUGAGGACUUUGGAUAAAAAUGGAAAAUGGAAAAGCAGAGCUAAGACAAUAGAAACUUACAUCAUUCUGUAUUGAAACAACCAAAGCAAUGCUAUCAGAUUCAGUUGUUAAUGUGUAGUACCAGUAGUAAAAAGGACUUGUAACAUUUCUGUGUAUGUGUUAUCACAUGACUGCCGAAUAAAGGAUGGCUGUAGGCAGACUGUAGCAGAACAUUCACUCUUGGUACAUAAGCUACAUUUCAAAAAUAAAUCAGGGUUUUUCCUUAAACUUACACUUGAAUUCUAAAAAUCAUUCGAGCAAGCUUGUACUUUGAUUCCCACUCUAUGAUGUCAUGUGCUACCUGUUCCCAUGUCAGCAUGAAGGUCUGUGUAUAUUUUGGCAUAUUGUUCAACUGCUGUGUAACACCAAGUUAGGCAGUCUAGUCUUUUUGCAUGGAUUAAGUUAUUAAAAGGAAAGAUCAGACGCUAGUUGUUUAUCAUGCAGAACAUCUGUCUUGUAAACUUUUUUAAAAACAGAAAAGACUUUAUUAAACAAAUGAUGCUA